AUGGCACGAGGUUACCCAAACGGACAUCCAAGAGCUGCCCUAGAGGCCAUCAAACAAGCCAAGGACGAGACACCUUCAAAAGAUAAUACCUCUCCUCACCACAACGAACACUCCACGAAUGGCUACACAACAAGUAAAUCGAUCCCAGUGCUCACAAACGGCACUCGUGAAAGCAACAACGCCAACAACGCCACCACCAAUCCCCAACCCACUCCAAACCCCCAGAAAAAACAACUCUUCCUCAACGCCUUCCUCAUGAACACCCCAAGUCACCUCUCCCCAGGCCUAUGGCGCCACCCCCGUUCCCAAUCCUCCAACUACAACAGCCUCAGCUUCUGGACCUCUCUCGCCCAACUUCUCGACCGCGCGGGAUUCCACGCCAUAUUCCUCGCCGACGUCCUCGGACACUACGACGUCUACAAGGGUCCCGGCAACGCCUCUCCCUGCUUGCCAUCUGGCGCACAAUUCCCCGUCAACGACCCUUUACUCCUCGUGCCAGCCAUGGCGAGCGUGACGAAGAAUUUGGUCUUUGGUGUGACGGCGAGUACGUCAUUUGAGCCGCCGUUUGGGCAUGCGAGGAGGUUCAGUACGGUGGAUCAUUUGGCGGGUGGGAGGGUGGCGUGGAAUAUUGUGACCUCGGGGUUGGAUAGUGCGGCGAGAAAUUUUGGGUUGGAGGGGGGCCAGAUUGAGCAUGAAGAGAGAUAUGCGAUUGCGGAGGAGUUUAUGGAUGUUUUGUAUAAACUCUGGGAAAGCAGCUGGGCCACAAGCUCCGUCCCCCGCGACCUCCAAACCGGCCCCUUCGCCCACCCCGAAUUAGUCCGCCCCAUCAACCACCAAGGCCCCCAUUUCUCCGUCGCAGGCCCACACAUCUGCGAACCCUCUCCACAACGCACACCCUUCCUCUUCCAAGCCGGCAGUUCCCCGACCGGAAUCGCCUUUGGAAGUAAACACGCCGAAGCAAUUUUCGUAACCGGCCAAACCCCCGAAAAAGUACGCAACAACGUCGAAAAAAUCCGCUCGGCAGCAGUUCUCGCAGGGCGAAAACCCGAAACCAUCAAAAUCAUGGUCGGAGUAAUCAUCAUCGUCGACGCAACCGAUGAAUUAGCGCAACAGAAACUGGAAAAUUACAUCUCGUACGGCGAUCGCGAAGGAGCUCUAGCUUUAUUUGGAGGUUGGACAGGAGUUGAUUUAUCCUCAUAUUCCGACGACGAAGAUUUCAGCAUGUCGGAAACACCCAUUAUUCGAUCUUUGGUGAAUGGAUGGUCUGAGACAGUUCCCGGGUCGGAUGGGAAAUUGCCGUGGACGAAAAAACGAAUAGGGGAUUAUUUGAUGGUGGGGGGUAUGCAGAAGAAAAUGGUGGGGAGUGCGAAGACGGUGGUGGAUGAGAUGGAGAAGUGGGUGGAGAUGACGGGGGUGGAUGGGUUUAAUUUGUCGCAUGUGGUGAAUCCGGGGAGCUUUGAGGAUAUUAUUGAGUUUGUGAUACCGGAGUUGCGGAGAAGGGGUUUGUUUCGGGAGACGGUGGAGAAAGAAGGGGCUACGGCAAGGGAAGUCUUUUUGGGGCAGUCGAGGUUGUUGGAUGAUCAUUAUGGCAGUCAAUUCAAAUGGGAUGGCUGA